UCUCCCUCUCUGUCACUCUCUCUGAAUGUGUCUACGUAUAAAAGCGUCUCAGUGCUUUCCCCUCAAUCUGAGCUCUCCAUAGACUCGCAGUGCAGAACGGCGCGGGACUCAAGCACAUGACCAAAGGGGAUUCCUCUGAGCCAUUUCCUUGACCUUCCUUCUUUUUUUUUUACACUUCCACAAACCCCUCUCUCUCCUCCCUCCAAUGUGUUGUGGGUUUCCCUCCUCUCAUCUAUAUCCUUCCUCUCCCUGAACAUCUCAUCUCUGCCUGGACGGUGGCUGCAUCGAUGCAAAAUGGGUUGUGGCAAUUCCUCAGCCACCAGCACCUCUGGAGGGGGGCCAGCAGAAGCCUCCAAAGAUGUGACAGAAGAUCCCUUGGCAGAAGAUGAGAAAAGAAGGAAUUAUGGCGGCGUAUAUGUGGGUCUGCCUGCAGAUCUGACCACAGUGGCUGCUAGUCAGUCUAAGUCCACACGAAAAGACUAACAGCUACUGAAGGAAAUUCAACAAAGAGGAAGAAAGAGACAGCUCCCCCACCCUGGGACUCGUGGUUCUAUGUGAAAGCAGCAGGUAUUUUGACACUCCCAUCGGACGACAGUCACAUCAGUGGACCUCUCCUUCUCAGGAAACAAGGAUACAGCCAAGUUAGCAACUAACAGUGUGGGAGUCACACAAUCUCCCCGGACCCUUGGCAAUAAUUAUUCCUGGCAAUUAUGUCACUGCAGUGCAUGAGUGCUAAGUUAAAGUAGACAGAACAUGCUAUAGCCAUGAACAUUUUUGCAUUCAAUGAGCUGCUGUAGCAUCUGGACAGUUGGAUGAAAUUCCUUAGCAUCAUGCUCAGCUGAUAUUAAGCUGAUAUUAAGAUUGCUUUCAUGAUGAUCUUAUUGUGGACAUUUGACUUCUCCUGGCCAAUGAUUCUCUGUAUCUGUUGUGGUUGCUCCAUGUGCAGUGUUGUUUUGUCCUCUCUGAAAAAAACUCUGAAUAUAUUACUUUUAAAGGAACUGAUGGAGUCUUAAAAGUUUUUUACAAGAAAUGUUGCCAAACUGUUAACUUGUUUUCCCCUGAAUAGGAACUAUAUAAAAAUUUGCAAACUUAAGAGAGCAAGCAAAAUGGAUCUACCAACUAAAUACUAAUCAGAAUACAUAUAUUAUAGCACCCGCUCUCUGUGUUUGUCCCUAUGAAUACAUGGAACUUUUGCAAAAUCAUCUGAAAAUGAAAAAUACUGGGAAUAGAUUUAGACUUAAGAUUUGCAAAACUGAUUGCAUUUGUCAAACAAUGUUAUUUUUGAACUUUUUAAUGAACAAAGGGGUGACCUGGACCCAGUCUCAAAUAGAAGCCAUACCAUUUCUUACAGAAAAACGCCUUUUUACUCUGCAGUUCUUUGUAUCUGGAUGGACCUUUCCAGCACACCAGUUAGUUCGAUCUCCAAGAGGGAUUUUCUUGGUGCUGUCAAGCAGUGCUGGAAUAAUUUUACAAAUGGUGAGCCUUUCAUUGCCUUGUCAAUGUCCUUGCCUACUUUUACUUACAAUAAUUACAUUCUUUCUGUUGACUGAAAAUUAUAAAAAAAGUAAUUUAUGGUAUCAAGUUGAAGCAAAUAUUCAACCUAAAAACAACUCUUAUCGGCCUCACCUGUAUUACAUGCCGAUUUGCCACGCUGGAAGCUCCGGCCUAAUCAACGUUGGGACUGCACCCCCGUUGCAGCCAAUCAUCAUUCAAGAUCUCCUUCCUCUGCUCCUCGUCCAGCCUUUUACACACCUCUGCCCCAUCUCCUCCAUCAGACUCAAUCAUCCUCUGACUUAUUCCACCACCAGUGACCAGUUCCUGGGGGAAGCAGCCAUGAAUAUGAAAGAUGACUUUUUCCUCACAGGUGUGGAAAUAUAUGUAUUAAGCAGUGAAAGAAAUGCAUAAUUAAAUUAAUUAUGAGUAAAUA